AUUGUCGGACGGCACUGCAGAAACAGGCGAGUUUGCGAGCGUAUCGAUUUUACGAUCCGUGUCUGUCCGUGGUUAGUGUGUCCGUGUUCCUUUAGUUUUUUAGUGAUCGGUGAGUGCGUUAUAUUUCAUGGAUAAAAUCGUUAAUGGGAUUACAAACUAGACGAUACAAACUGUACGUCCGUUGACUCCAAUAAUCAUCGUUCAAUCAUGACCAAGGAUAGAUUAGCAGCCCUCGUCGCGGCUCAGUCGGACGACGACGAUGUGGGGGAUGAGGUGUCCGUUCCCGUGGGUGGACAGGAGGAUUUUAUGACGGAAUUUUUCGCGGAUGUGGAGGAAAUCCGCGAAAUGAUUGACAAUAUCCAAACGAACGUCGAGGAAGUGAAGAAGAAGCACAGUGCCAUCCUGUCGGCGCCACAAACCGAUGAGAAGGUCAAAAUGGAGCUUGAGGAGCUCAUGGCUGAUAUCAAGAAAUCUGCUAACAAAGUUCGAGCCAAGUUAAAAGUCAUAGAGCAAAAUAUUGAGCAAGAGGAACACACGAACAAAUCAUCGGCCGAUCUCAGGAUACGCAAAACUCAACAUUCGACAUUAUCCAGGAAAUUUGUUGAGGUGAUGACAGAGUACAAUCGAACGCAGACCGAUUACAGGGAACGGUGUAAGGGCAGAAUACAACGACAGUUGGAAAUCACGGGGAGAACUACGACUAAUGAAGAGCUCGAGGAAAUGCUUGAGCAGGGAAAUCCUGCAGUAUUCACGCAAGGGAUUAUUAUGGAAACGCAACAAGCCAAACAGACACUUGCAGACAUCGAGGCACGCCACGCAGAUAUCAUAAAAUUAGAGAACUCCAUCCGGGAACUGCACGAUAUGUUCAUGGACAUGGCUAUGCUAGUUGAAAGUCAGGGCGAGAUGAUCGAUCGUAUUGAAUACCACGUGGAACACGCAGUCGACUAUGUGCAGACGGCUACACAGGACACCAAGAAAGCCCUCAAGUAUCAAAGCAAAGCCCGACGGAAGAAGAUUAUGAUCAUGAUCUGCCUCGCUAUUCUCGCUGUGAUCGUGGCGACCACCAUCGGCAGUUACUUCGGUCUUUGAACAGCCAAUUCAGGUCACAUCCGGGGUAAUGGUUCCUCACCGUCUGCCCGAAUCAUGUGGUGGAUAAAGCGCACUUGGUAUAGCAUCGAUCAGUAUCACUCAUCUCGGAAAUCACCCAUAAUCACCAACUACCCACCAGUGCGAGUAAUCCACGAGACGACCAUCAUCAUCAUCCUCCAUUGGUCAUUAGAAGUUCAUAAAAAUGAAGUCUCGGUACUACACUCGUCGCGUCGUCUCCUCCAUAAAAUCUGCCUCCUCAUCGUGUCCUGGGGCUAGUACAGGAGAAUCGAUGAAAAUCCUCAUCCAUUAAUUUCCAUUAUCAAAAAAUACAGAAUUCCCAUCAACUGCAAAUUUUGAAAAAAAAAAAUAUUCAAAAACCAUGGACAAACGAUGGGGAAAUUAUGAAUUCACAACGCGCCGAGUAAUAAACAUAAUUAGCUAAUAUUAUAUGAAAAGUUCACCACGGGAGAUUUAUGCGUUAGUAGAUCCAAACAGAAAUAAAAGACAUGAAAUAAUGAGAAAAUCGACAAAAAGAUCAAACGACCUGGAAAUAGUCAACAAGAACUGCAAAAGUCACAGUUCAGCCGAUUUUUCCGUCGUUUCUGAUCCUUUGUCAUGUCUAUGGCGAAUUAAAAUUAUAUAAAUUUUUGCUGCAGCAUUAAAUAAAUAUUCUAACAUAGAUGUUAUGUCGAGAUCUAUUUGAGAUGAAGAAAAGCAACUGAGGUGUUGAUUUUUUUUUUUCAUCGAUCUAAUGAAUUGUAAAAGAAACUCAUUUGGCCGCGCUAUAUCUACCUAUAUGCAUGUAUAUAUGAAAAUGUUGCAAAGAUGAGUAGAAAUAAAGCUGUACUGAAAACAUAAUGCAACAACGCACUGGAAUAUGAAUAAUGAGCGAAAGAUUAUGACAUGAAUAAAGAGAAGAAUAAGAAGAUGAAUUGGCAUUGCCUACUUUACUGGUAGAGAAUAACCAAUUAAUGUUAUAACAUUUUGUUGAGUAUAUCAUACGAAAGUUGAGAGAAAUAUCAUUGAAAUGAUACUAUGCAUUGAAUUGUUUUAUGGGGGGUAAUAGAAAAAGGGGAUAAAUAAUAUAACAAUAAUUAUCAUUAAUGAGGAUCGAUAAUAGCAUUUGACAUUGCGAUCAUCACCUCAAAUUGUACAGAAAUAUGUAAUUGUUAGAUUAGGUAGCUAUAUUAUCUAUUUAUCUUUACUAAUUACAAGUGAAAUGAAAAAUGAAAAAAAAAAUGAAAAAAACAUGAUUAACAUGAAUAAUAUCGAUUUGUCAAGCAGUCAUUCUUGUAAAUCACGAGUUUCAAUCUGACGAAUAUGGCAGUGCGGGCGUGAUAUAUACAACUGACCUUUGAAGUGAAUUCGAGUUAUGAUGACAUAAAAAGGGAGAACAAGAAAUUUAUUAAAACACUCGCAGUGAUAUUCACUGCAGUGAAGCAGGCCAUUGCAUAAGAUUUCUCGGUGUUCAUUGAUUAAAGCGCUUUUUCCUUCAGAAUAAAUUAAGUAUCGGAAAAAGAAGUCUUAAAUAUUUAUAACUGUAUAGGAGUCUCUCAUAGGGAAAUACAAUUAAAACCUACGAGAAGUCCUCUUGGGGUAGGGAUCGAAGAAAUGUGGGAUGUGCAUUUUUGUUAAUUUUCAUUGUUGGGCAUUUGAGGUAAUAAUUUUAAAUUGUUUUAACUAUUGCCAAACUUAAGGAGACAAAAUUGCAAAUUUUUACACAGUAUUCUCUGUAGAUAUUCCGAAAAGUCUGUGAAAAAUAUCGAAAGACCUUUUUGCAAUUCUGGAAAUUGACUGGGAAAAUUUGGCCUGAUAUCGACUCUCGACCUUUUUGAUUUUAAACUGAUUACGAAAUUGUGGGCAAAUGCAUUUUCGGGGCAUUUACUGUCCUCUACUGUGUCUCCACUGAGUAAAAUUUAAGUCUAAAAAAUAAUGAUUUAAUACGUGAAAUUCUUACAGUAUUUUUUCUCAGGCUUAUUUAUGUUACUUUUGCAGUUGACUCCUCAGUAGAGCCAAGAAUUGUUUUCAUUAGAAGAAAGUGUUUGAGGAAAAAUCAGCUACUUUCGAAUUAUCUAAAUGGCGACAAGAUCUCUAUCAAUUACUUAACCAGUCUGUAAAUUUUUAGUAUAAUUGAGGCUACGACAAAGACGAGGAGAAAAAUCAUUAACUUAUUCGUGGGAAUUUUGAUCUUACAUCGAGCGAAAACAGUGCAUUGCCGGGCUUGGGGUAUAAUAAAACCCAAUUUCCCAGAUAAUUGCAAGGGCUCAGAAUUUUAGUUUAGUAAUCGUGUUAAUUUUAAUCAACAAAGAUAAAGUUUACCAUAACUGCCGUAUUAACCUUCUGAGAGAACACAUAAUUUAUGCAAGUCCAAUGAUGCUACUGUUUUCAUGAAAAAUUCACGCUUCUAGUCAAAGAAGCCACAGAAGCUCCAGGUUAAUAUCAUGAAAAAUCCAGGCCAAGUUAGUUAUUAUCAGAAUCGUUCCUCCUUCGAGUUCUUCAUUUUUCAGUAAUUAUUUAUGUCAUUCAACAGUGACGAUUUUAUUUAAUCAUCAAAUCGUUUCGCAGUGGUUGUGUAUUUUGGUCAUGUCCCGAAGAAUUAUCGUACCGCUUUGUAAAUUUUGACAAAUGAUUUUUUUAAUCAUUCAGAGUGUUAUAAUCUGUAUAUAAGAUUUAUUUAUACUGUCGAUAUAAUACUAAAUUUUUAACUUAUGUCCCUUUGAAUACCCGUAAUGAUUUAGGUAUCCAUUCUUUCUAAGGAGUGACCAUCGGCAAUACAAUACUCCAUGUUCGGUUCCCCGUACAGAUGGGGUAAAGUGGAUUUGAUCUUCUUAAUUAAGGCAGUAGACGUGCCACCCAUGACUUCUAGAAAUCACUAGAUCUCAUGUAAUACAGGAGAGAAGAAGAGUGGAACACGUGAAUUCUUUACAUAUAAACAUCCUUUCUAGAAUUAAACUCUGGUGGAAUGAAUCCACUGGGGAAAAACUCGAAAAAAAUCACUUCGGAAAAAAUCUUCCCAACGAGAAUCAUUACAAAAAAAAUCUCUCCUUAAAAAAAGCCAUGAAACCUGAGGAUUUCACACAGGAAAAAUCAGGUUCGUACGAAAGAAACAAAUUAAUUUAUUUUGGUAUAAGGGUCACGGGGUGGUAACAAGUUUGAAGUUGCCAAUCACACGAGGUAAAGCACCCCUUAGCACCUGUUUCCGAACUAUACUUUUUGUUAGUGAUGUUAUGUUGAUCGAGUGACGAACUGUGACAUUUAAGGUCAAUCAGAUCGCUAAUAUUAAGAUCAAUAAAAUCUCCCAAUGGCUGCAAUGUUAUUCCUUGUAUUGGAAUGAAUUCACUUUGAUAUUAACGAGCCAGUACCGAUCUCUUCUAAUUUUUCGAGUUCUUUACAAACUUCUCCAAAGCGAUUAAUAAAAUUUACAUGAAAUAAUAUAGUUUUUCCAAGUUUUAUUAUUAUUGAAUAGCUCCAGACGUUUCAUCAUCAUCGAAGAAUUUUCCUACUUCCUCCGUAAAUUUUUGAAGAAAAUCCCCAAACUUUACUAAAGAUUUAGGAAAAUAGACGUACGAUUACGAAAAACUGUGAAUCUUCAGAUAAUAACAAAACCAGACAACUAUAUCGUUUUUCAUGUGUACCUGAUGGUUCUGGAUUCAUAUGGUUUUAUAUAAAUUUGCAAAAAACGUGAAAGAUAAGAAGACCUCGGCUAUAACUUCUUGAAGGUCAUGUGCAAUCAUUCGAUGGCUACUCGAUUGUCAGUCAAUUGGGCAUUGAAUUGAGCCUUGGUCGAUGGCUGAUCAAUGGAUCGGGGUCGAUUAGCCCGUAUAUCACCCAUGCGUGUGCCGAUAGUCACUCUGUCCUUUCAAACCACAAUUUCAUCUCAAUAGUUUAUUUCUAAUCCAGAGAAGUAAAACACAGUAUUACAAUUAUUUUACAUCUCGGGGUUAAAAUGCAAUUUUGACCUCGCGCCGGAGCGAAAAGAUAUUUCUAGAAUAAUUUGCACCACAAAUUUGGUCAAUAUUCGCUCUGAUUUGAUCACUUUACUGGAAACGUUAGCCUAUCACGUCUUCGAAGGUCUCGAAAAUGAAGAAAUCAAGUGAAACAACUUAUCUGAUAAUUUCUAACAUGACCAAACUAUAUAAAUAUUAUAAAUAUAUGAAUAGUUGGGCGUAGAAGUUUAGCUUGAAUCUCAAAAUUCUAGACUAGCGUAACGUCCUUAAUCAUAGGAAUUGAAAAAAUAAUAAUUUUAACUAUUAUAAUUAAAUUAAAGAUGAAAAACGUUAAUUUCUUAUCAAUUAGAUAAAAAAGAUCAUAAUUUUAAAAGGGAAGUGAAGAAAUACACUACCAAAAUUUAUUGAUUAAUGUUAUAUAAAUUUUAGAGAUGCACAAUUGAUUGUGUAUUAAACGAGUUUGGCCUAAACUUUGUUAAGUUGAGGUUGAUGCUCUAGACGCCAUUCACCUUCAUAAAUUUUUCAAAUAUUUCAUUGUAAUAGAACAAUCUCGUUGAGUUAACAUGAACGACAUAGACUAUGGCAUAGCUUAUGUAACCGCGAAUUAAUGAAUGGUCAAUAGUCAAAUGAUAACAUACCAGUUUGAAAUUCUCAAUUUCUAUUUGAAGAACAGUUUAUUCGGGAAAAAUAUUGGAACUGUUAUUUUAGUUAUCAAAAUUGGCAACACACCAUUAAAAAGAAAUUCUUUCUUGUUCAAAAUUGUCAAGAUGUCAUGUUCAACAUAAUGUGCUAAAUUUAUCCAUUUCAUCUUGUUUAGCAUAAUCGGGCGGGUUCCUAGGGUACACUGAGCAAAAAAAUGAGUGAAUCAAAACAAUAUUUUUUUGAAUAGUGGUAAAGAAAUAUUUUUGAGAAAGAAAUGAAUUAUUUUUUAUUUUACUUGAGUUUUUAUCGAAAUUGAAGAAAAAAAAUUACAACUCGGUGGAAAAAUAGAUCCAAAAUAAUUGAAGUUCGUACACGUAUAGAAUAUUUAAUCACUGAUUUUUUAAAUAAAAAAUUAAUGAACUCGGAGCAUUCUUCAAUAAUAAAUAAUGAUACCAAAAACAUUGACAAAUGGAGUCUCUGCGCACGCAAAAGAGACGUUUCUUCAACUAUUCGAUUCUCCUUCUCCAAUUUUUCUGAUUUAAUGUUUUAUUCAAUUAUUCAAUGUUUAACCGAUCAAUCACCCACCACCCAACGACCAUACAUCAUUAAUUUAAAUACCAACAAUAUAAAAAUUAUUUAAUGGAUGAAAUACAUAUAAACACUUUGACCAGCUGUAAAGAUAAAUUUUAAUCGGAAAACUUACCCAUCACUGCCGGCACUCCAUUGCAAUGGGAAACACCUUUUUGUUCAGGAAUUACUUUUCUGCAGAAAAACAAAAGUUUCUAUUUUUCUUCCUCGCCCGAUUAUUCUAAAAUAGCACAUUUCCACUGUUGAAACAGGACGAAUCCCGAAAAAUUAUGAAAGAACAGUGUCUGCCACAGUCUGCGUCUAGUCGACUGUCACUCAUCAAAUUAAAUUAAAACCUAAUUGUUACUGCGAGAAUGACUGGACUUCAUGUCAUCAAAGAAUGAUCGUGAUUGCCCCCCCCCCCUCCCUCUUAGGAUUGAAAAGUCGUCGAUAUUGAGUUUUUUGACAUGACAUUAUUGAAACCCCGUAAUUUACUUAAUGAAUAUAAAAAAUAUCCAAAAUCUUAUUACGUUUUGAGGAUUAAUUCCUCUUUGCGUUGGCCAAACACGACAAACGCUAUAAAUUGUGGAGGUGAAAGAUCAGUUUCGUGAAGAUAAAGAGUCAUAAAGGUCUAAAGACAAAAGAGUCAUGUCUAUUGCGAGAGCAUCAAUUUAAUGAUUUAUUGAUAUUCAUUGAAAAUGAUUGGUCUAGUUUAUUGAUAUUAGAGUAUUCCUUAAUUAAUUAAAUUAAUUAGACUUCGAUUUUGCAUUUGGUUAGAUAUUUACAUAUGUUUUUUACAAAAGUGUGGUAAGUUGAAUCCACAAAUUUCUUUGUUGUAUUAUCUGCUCUUUUAUUAAUUCAUUUCUCGAUUAAUUACGUUCAAGUCUCUCCACUUGUUCUUAUUUCGGAGAAUUAAUUAAAGUGUCUUCAGGAUCUUUUAUUGAGCUUCUAAAAUCACGGCGGUUCUUCCGAAGGCAGACUGGCUAAAUUUAGGGCUUGACGUGAUGACGUCGAGAAGUCAAUAAAGCUCAAUAAAUAAUGAGAUUGAUUUCCUUAGAAUAGAAAUUACUUUUAUGACUUGAAUUCUUUGUACGAUUUGAUCCUAGUGAAAUUUACUCCUUAAGAGGGGUGAUUCUCAUACUUGACGUUCAUCCCUCGCAACAUUUGACCCUUUCACUAGACUUUUUUUCUCUUUGCACUCUGGAACUUAUGGUGUUCACCUCUCAAACCGAAAAUAUAAAUAUAGAUAGAAAUAAAAUCUUUUCCUUGAACAUUCAUCAAACGUAAAAAAUGUAAAAACCCAUGUGUAAAUUACGGAAAUUACAUAAAGAAUUGAGAAUAAAUUAUUUUCGUAAAUUACAUAAUUCUAUCGGUAAUUUACGAGAAUAAUUUAUUCCCGAUGUCACAUUCACGAUCAUUCUUUCCUGAGAAUGACAAUACGUUGGUCCGUUCUCCGAUGAAUUUAUUGGCGAAAAUUGAAAAAUAACAGGAAAAAAAACAAAAAAAAAAUUAAAACAGGAUAAACGACUCAAUAUUAUAAUUAAGCGUUUUAUUGUGAUUCAAUUCCUGGCACCAGUGAAAAUAAAAAUAAUCAUCUUUCUGUGAGAAUACACGAGAAACAGGAUUUACGACGGACAACGUGUUAUUUAUAAUCGAGAUUUAACUUUUCUUGGUGUCAUUAAUAAUAAUAAUUAAAAAAACGCUAAUUAACUCUCAUCAACAAUAUUCUGUCGGCUCUGAAUUUACUAGUGUUUUUUGAUUAUACGUAGGAAGAUUAAUUAUUGUCUUCCUCAAUAUGUGCAUUAUGUCCUUUGAAAGGAAGAAAUAAAAAAUGAAAUCAAUUUUACGAGUUUCUCACAAUUUUACUCGUAGUAGUUUCGUAAUAAUAUAACGUGCACUUGGCUCACAAAAUUAAAGAAAAAUGUGCAUAGUCUUUGAGUGUCGACAAUUAUGAUGUUCUGUAUUGCCAAAAAUGAAGUAAAAUUGCGAAAAAAAUUCAAUAAAAAUGAAAAAUGUGUGAAGAAUAAUAUUAUGGACUUGAGAACGUAGCAUUCAACCUCGACUUCUUGCAUAAUAUUUAAUUACAUUAUAUACAUUAUAUACUUUGCAUUCUCAUUAACGCAUUUUUGCUGCGGGCGCACUAUUUCUGAAGGAAAGGGCAAUAUUAUGACCGUUGGCAUUGCUGAAACGCUAUCCAUCUGCAUUUUUGUACGAGUACCAAAAUAUGUGAAAUGAAUGAAAUCGGAAAAAUUAGUAAUGUCGAUUCGUUUUGCGACGUGAAGAGCAGAAAAUUGUGCCGGUAAUUCGUUACGCAAAAACUAAUAUAAUAAACUGACAAAAAAAAAUUAAUAAAAAAUGAAAGUGUGAUAAGAAUACAAUUCUAUACUAUAAACAUCAAAAAUGUAUAUGGGUCGUGUCACAUCGGUGCAAUUAUUACUAUGAAAGGCUAUUCGAAUAACCUUUAUAAGUGUCAAUUCCACUGUUAACGUAAAAAAACAAUUAAAUGAAAAAAAUUUAAUUAUUAAUGAAAAAAAAAUGAGAAAUGAAAAUAAUGAUUUUGAGAUGCAAAAACCCCAACUGAAACAAUGAGAUUAAUGAAAAUAGAUAAAUUUCUGAGAUGAUAACAGAAAGCAAUUGCAUGGCACUUCGGUAUUCAUGCGAAAAAGUGAGAUUACUAAUAAUAUUUAAUUACAGAAAAAAUAAACUUCAAAAAGAAAAUGUAGCGUGAGCAUUUCAAGAUAUGGCGAAUACUUUUUAUAGUAGGUAUUUCAUAGUAAACGAAGAGACAACAAAAUUCAUAAAUAAAGAUAAUGUAUUAAAGAAAUUACUUAUUAAAUAAAUUCAUGGUGUUUUCUGCCUAUUACACACAAUUACUAUAAUCUCAUAAUUACCGUCAGUUGAUGAUUGAUAAGUGACCAUACGUUGAAGAUGAUUGUGAUUGAAAAUUGAGAAAAGGGAAUUAAACAUUGUACAAAGGUGGCAAUAGCAAUAAUUCCAUAGUCAUUACUCGCUUUAAACAAAACGGUAAAUGAAGUUUAUCUCAUGUGGCUUCUCUUUCUCAUUAGAGAAGACACGAGUAAGCAUGGAGUUACGGAGAGGGGCUUUAUGACCCGGGUCUAUCAUUUUCAGAAUGUGAUCUGAAUCGAUUUUUUUUUUCAAUUUUCACGUAAGAAUUUUCACUCGAUUAUCCGUCACUGAGGGACUCAAGGCAACAAUAAAGAUGGUCACAACAAAAUUUUAAAUAUUUUAAGAGAUCAUUUUGCUGUUAUUAGGGGGUCUAUAAAUAAUAAUCGUAACAAAUGUGCGGUCCGGUCUGAUCACUAGAAAAUUUUUCAAUUGACUGCAUUGGAAAAAGUUUUUCCUUAGUAUUAAUUAGUAAAAGUAAAAAUUCAUAAAAGUAUUAAAAACUCUUUCAAAAAGCUUUUGUCACAUAAUUCCGCAUUAUUCAUGUCCUUUCUAACAAAAGCAUUCCUUCAUAUUAAAGAAAAAGCUCUUUGUAAAUGCUAAAUAUUCAAGACUUUCAUAAUUUCUUUAUCGGACCGAAUUUAUAAUUCAUAAUUUUUUUUUUAGCAACGGGUAGUUGAGUUCAAAUUUUGGGAAAAAUUGCAAAAAACAAUCGAUUUACAUUACGCUCUAAAGAUAAUGGACGACUUGUGAAAUAUUCAGUGAAUUUUCUUUAAUUACUUUAAUUACUAUGAUUUCACCUCAGCAGUUCUAACACUUGUUUAAACUAACUCUUGUUCGUUCUUGUAGAUGAAAAUUUGCCACCCAAAAAAAAGAUAAUGUUUCAAUUGGUGGUGUUAUUUGAACAGUGAUGAUCAUCACAGAUUGGAAUGAAAAUCAUAAAAAUCAUCAACCUUUUCAACGACACAUCGUAAUACACAGAACGUACAAUUAGCAAAAAUUAAUCCCUUUGUAAAGGAACAAAUCAUUCACCAGUAGAUAGUUAGGGAAUAAGAAUCGUGAACUAACUACUUCUAUACGUACCAUACUGGCAGGCUAUCUUUGGAGAUACCUAUUGAUCACGUUUAACAAUCAUAUAAAUUCCUAACAUUAUUCAAUAGCUAACAAUUUGAUAAAUCAAGAUUUACCCGCUAUGGGGACAAGGGAGUAAUUUCCGGAAGGGAUUGAAAUCGAUGGGCACUCUUCGCUUCAAUUCGAUCAACAAAAGUGUAAUAAUUGCAGUUAGUUAAACCUCACAAAAAAUUAGCAUAAUUUUCUUAAGCAAUUUCGUCAGUCUUAUCGUACGUUAAUGGGGCACAGGGAGGUAUAAACCCUUUUGCUGCACAUAUGCACUGAAAUCAUGAGAAAUAAAACCACUGAAUGAAAUCUAUAAACAGUUAUAUUCUUUUGCGUUACGAAUCAACUAUACCGUAGGGGAUUCAGUAUAUUUUACAUUAUGAUCGUAGCGUUAAUUAAUCAUUUUAGCUUGAUUCUAUGAUAUAAUUAAAGGGGCGAAAAGGAGAGUGAGAGAAAGAGAGAAAACGGAGUGUUUGUGGCUGUGUGUGUGUGUGUGAGAGCGAGCGAGCGAGAGAAAGAAAAAGAGAGAAAGUGAGUAAGUGUGUCAGAGAGAAAGAUAAUUUCUUAUAAUAUAGUAUAUCCAGCACUCAAUAAAUUCGUAUAAUAGUUAUCGGCAUGCUAGAAGCAAUUCACACCGAGUUAAAUUUUUGCGAUGAGAUUUAACGAUUACAUCGUGUUCAGUGUGUUUAAAUGAAAAAAAAAUGUUAUUUGAGGGAGGAAUAAAAAUUCAAACUUCUGCCAACUACAAUUCUUUGUUGUUAUCCUGCCCGAAUUAUUCACUAAUUUCUAUCAACAAUACUUCUCACACUCAGAUUCAUUCACAGAUUUAAUAUAUUUAUUCAUCAUAAUUAACAAAUAUCUGUACAAAUUAAUGGUAUAAUAAAGAUAACAGUUUAUCAGAUCAACUUAGACAAGAUGAAUUAUUAUGCUUCUUGGUCGUGUUAAAUUACUGAGAUCUGAAUAAGCGAAACGUCAUAUAUUAAAUUAUUCAGAAUUUUCAAAUACUGUGGAAGAGGAAAAUCAUUAGUCUGAAUGAUCCAAUGGAGUAGUCAUUGAGACAAGACAGAAACUAAGAUAUUUUUCCAGUUAUAAUUUUAAAAAAUAA